AUCUUCCCCAACUUCGUCUCUCUCUUCGAUCUCUGUUUCUUAUUCCUAUUCAUACCGCCAUCCUGGAGGCUGCCUCAGCACGAAUGGCGGCUAGGGACCGCUUCGGGGCCUACCCUGAGCCGGGGUUUUCGCCGCUGCAGCGGGCAAUCCGAAAUGCAUGCGAUCCCCAGAACUACGAGCCCAACCUGGCCCUGAACCUCGAAGUUGCAGACCUAAUCAACUCCAAGAAAGGCAAUGCACCUCGAGAAUCGGCAUUCGACAUCGUUCAUCUUAUCAAUUCCCGAAACCAGAAUGUCGCGUUGCUAGCCUUGGCGCUACUCGACAUUUGCGUCAAGAACUGCGGAUACCCGUUCCAUCUCCAGAUCAGCACAAAGGAGUUCCUGAAUGAAUUGGUUCGCAGGUUCCCCGAGCGGCCGCCUAUGCGACCCUCCCGGGUCCAGCACCGCAUCUUGGAGUCGAUCGAGGAGUGGCGCCAGACUAUCUGCCAAACAUCGCGCUACAAGGAGGACUUGGGUUUCAUUCGGGACAUGCAUCGUCUUUUGCUGUACAAGGGCUACAUGUUCCCGGAGGUACGCCGAGAGGAUGCUGCUGUCUUGAACCCGAGUGAUAAUCUCCGCUCGGCUGAUGAGAUGGAGGAGGAAGAGAAGGAGGCGCAAUCUGCUAAGCUCCAAGAGCUGAUUCGCAGGGGCACCCCUGCCGACCUUCAGGAAGCCAACCGGCUUAUGAAGGUUAUGGCUGGUUUCGACAAUCGGCACAAGACCGAUUAUCGGGCCAAGGCGGCGGAAGAAGUGUCCAAGGUGCAGCAAAAGCUAAAAUUUUGGAGGAGAUGCUACAAAACCAACAGCCUGGGGAAGCUCUCCCUGAAGGCGACGUGUUCGAGUGCCCACCCCAAGAUCCAGAAGAUGUGCGAAGAGGAAUCGGAAGACCCCGAGGCCGUUCACAAGCUGCUGGAGAUUAACGACAGCAUACACCGCACAAUCGAGCGGUAUAAGUUGGUUAAGAAGGGUGAUUUGGAUGCCGCAGCUAGGAUUCCUAAAGGAACACUCGGUACUACGACUGGAGUUUCCACAAAUGCCAACAACGAGCUCUCUCUUAUCGACUUUGACCCAGAGCCUCAACCAAGUUCUAACGGUAACGAGGCCGGCCUAUCCCAGGGUGGUAGCUCCUUGGAGAAUGACCUUCUCGGCCUUUCACUAGGUGAACAAGCCCCCUCUCCCGGCGGUGGUAUCUCCCUCGGACCUUCCAACAAUUUCCCAUCCCUGCCAGCAGGCUCAACACCGCCUAUCACACAGCCUCAGCAGAUGCCAGCAUCGUUCAAACCUAAUUAUGAUAUCCUUGCUUCCAUGAACAGUUCGCGACCUGUUUCUCAAUCUCCAACACCCGCCAUGAGGGCAUCACCCCAAGCCCAGUCCACGGCAACCCCGCCGCCAGCCGAUCCAUUUGCAUCGCUCGUCUCUGCCAGUCCUAGGGCGGGAUCUAGUCCAUUCCAACCGCCCUCAGCGCAAAGCCAUCCAGCUCCAGCCUCCUCGUCAUUGCUUGAUCUGGUCGGAGGUCCCAGUUCGUCACCGCAGCCGGCGCGGCAGGCCGCGAAGGCCGAAGCUGAUGAUGAGUGGGAUUUCGCUUCUUCCCUGCCAGCCAGCAAUGCACUCCCCACGACAAACAAGAUCCAAGUUCUCAACUCCCAGCUUCUCGUUGACUUUGCUGCGCGCAGAGUGCCAAACCAGCCACGUCAAAUCCACGUUGUGGCCGUCUUCUCAAACCCAACCAGCCAACCCAUUGGAGAGCUCCACUUCCAGGUUGCUGUGGAGAAGUCCUACACCCUACAACUCCGCCCGCAAUCAGGCCGAGACAUUGCCCCCGGACAGCAGAACGGCGUCCAGCAAGAAAUGCUCAUGGACGGCAUCGAUGCAGGAAAGGGCAAUUCGGUGAAAAUCCGAUUCAAGGUGUCCUACAAGCUUGGUGGCGAGGCCCGCGAGGAACAGGGCAUGGUGCCACCUCUAGGCAUCUCCUAGACAAACUGCGGACCACAAAAUCAGGUCUUAAUUUUGUCUAUGCUCUAGCUCGAUCCGCCGUACGGGCCCAGAGCGGUCCGAAGUAGGCUCGGAAGAACCGAGCAGACAGCAUCCUGUUUAGAUGUUGCAUUGCUUUCGGUCCUGUCUGGUUUCAGUACUGCAACUUGCUGCUCUGCUUCCAGCCCCACGGCAACCUCCCCCUGCUCUUGAUGUGUUUUCCCCCCACUUGGCUUUCCGCCCAUUGAGAACUUAGCGUCCUUAUUCAUGCUGUUUAUAAAGAAGAUCAAGCUUUCAUUACCUGUACUACUUACUCGCUUGAGAAAGGCGGAGGAAAAUGUUUGAAAGAUUCGUUACAUUAAGUUUCGGUAGAGGUCCUACCAACAUUUGAACGCUAAUAGGAUUAGCGAGUUAGCAAGUAUCGUAGGG